AUGCCCCCCGAAUCGAUGCGCUUCAAGGUCGCCCUACGCGGCGACGCUCUCCUCACCAACCCACGCUGGAACAAGGGCACCGCAUUCACCAAAGAAGAGCGCAUACAGUUCGGACUUACCGGACGGCUUCCCUUCCGCGUCAACUCCCUGGACGAGCAAUGCGACCGCGCCUGGGGCCAGUUGGAGGUCCGCGAAGAGCCGCUCAGGAAGAACACGUUCCUGCAAAGCCUGAAGGAGCAGAAUUGGGUGCUCUACUACGUGCUCCUCGAGAGACACCUGACGGAGUUGAUGCCCAUCAUCUACACUCCCACCGAGGUGCGGCUUUUACUCUUCCAAGGAUCAAUGGAAGAAGACUUCCUCGCCGAGACAGAGGGCCGUCAGAUCGACCUCAUCGUAUGCUCGGACGCUGAACAGAUCCUUGGUAUCGGGGACCAAGGCGUAGGGGGCAUCGGGAUCGCAACAGCUAAAGCGGCUGUCUACACACUUAUCGGCGGGGUGAACCCGGCCAACGCCCUCCCCAUCACUCUUGACGUUGGCACAGACAACCAACUUCUCUUGGAUGAUCCCCUCUAUGUCGGGUGGCCAAACAAACGCGUCCGCGGAGCAGAAUAUGACCAAUUCAUCGAUAAGUUUGUCCAGCUGGUCCGGAAGCAUCAUCCGCACUGUCUCCUACACUUCGAGGAUUUCGGCGUCACGAAUGCGAAGCGUCUCCUGGACAAGUACCAUGACACACAUGCUAACCCUGCCUUUGCCUCCUUCCCUAUUCGAAUCGUACACAGGCAGGGCACCGGGGCGGUGACGCUCGCGUGCAUCAUGUCCGCCGUGGGUGUCACGAAGACGAAGCUCGCUGACCAGCGCUUCGUGAUCUUUGGUGCCGGCUCGGCAGGGCUCGGAAUCGCGCGGCAGCUGCGCGAUGGCAUCGUCGCCAUCGACGGGCUGUCCAAGGAGGACGCGAACAAGCAGUUCUGGCUCAUCGACCGCGCCGGACUCCUCAAGCAGUCCCUCGGCGUCGAGCAGAUCCGCGACGGCUUGCAAGAGUUCGUCCGGCCAGACGACGAAUGGACGGACGCGGUCACAGGCGAGAACGGGGAGGUUGGGCUUCUGGAGGUUGUGAAACGCGUGCGGCCGACAGUGCUCAUCGGCACGUCGACGAGCCCGGGGGCGUUCACAGAGGAGAUUGUGCGCGCGAUGGCCGAGGGCACCGAGCGUCCCAUUAUCCUGCCGCUGUCCAACCCGAGCAGGCUGCACGAGGUGAAGCCGCAAGACGCGAACGACUGGACGGGCGGGAAGGCGCUCAUCGCCACGGGCAGCCCGUUCCCGCCGAUCAAGCAGCCUGGGGGCAAGAACUACAUCGUCGCCGAAUGCAACAACGCGCUGAUCUACCCUGGGCUCGGCCUCGGCGCGAUGCUCUCCAAGGCGCGCACGCUGACGGACACGAUGAUCAUCGCGGGCGCGCGCCGGCUCGCCGCGCUCGCCCCGGCGCUCGCGGACCCGGACGACGCGCUCCUGCCCGAGUUCGGCGACGCGCCGCGCGUGAACCUCGAGGUCGCCGUCGCCGUCGUCGAGCAGGCGGUCCGCGAGGGCAGCGCGGGGGUGCGGUGGGCGGAGGACGAGGUGCGGGCGCGCGUCCGGCGCGCGCAGUGGCGGCCGCUGUACGGCGAGUACGUCUACGACCCGCAGGGCGAGACGUAG